GACUAAAUAUUGUGCCGAUAUUGAAAUUAUUAUAAAAUUACUAUUUAUGGCUUAAUAUCUUUAAUGAUACAACUUUUAAAGUACUUUUAAAUGUAAAAUAACUUUAGUUCUAUCCUAAUUUUGAUUGGAAUUGAUUUCUCAAGAACUAACAAAAGCACCGAAUUUAUAGCCAACAAUUAACAAAACGAGUGCUCGGAGCAACAUCACUAAAGCGAAUGAAUGUGUUUGAUCUUUUAUUGAGCAGUGAUUGUUUACAAUAAAUAUUGUAUUAAAAUGGCAGAUAGUACACCACAACAUUGGUCUUAUGAUUUACUAAAAAACAUUGCGGCGCAAGAACUGUCUUCACCAGAUUAUGUGACUGAACUAAAAUCCAUGUUUUUAAAUGGCAUUAAUUCCCCACGUCGCUACGAAUGCAUUAGAACCAUGGCUGAUUUAAUUGACUGUCUUGAACGGCGCGAUGUUAUCAAUGAACAAAAUGUAGAGCCGCUUCGCAGCCUAGGAUAUAAACGACUCGACGAUGCUAUUGAUAGUUAUAUUCCUCCACAGAAAGAGCCUGAAGGUACCAAUCAAUAUCAUUAUAUGCAUCUGGCCAACGAAUUGUCCAAUAAACUAACAAUUAAUGGCCACAACACACCGUCACAGCACAGCAGCAUUGCCUACGAUAAUAUGCGACGGUCUGCAUCGUUAGAAACUGCAUCAUUGACAACAUCUUCAUCUGGAUUAAAUAAUUCCAACAUUCAUCCAUAUGUUUUAACUGAGAAUAAACGUGCUGCCAUUUAUAAAAUGCUCUCCCAAUACUUAGGUACGCAUUGGCGAAUGUUCGGCCGUGAAUUGGGAUUGCGUGAAGGAAUGAUGGAUGAAAUCGAGUUGCAGUAUCCUCGCGACCUGACUACACGUGUUUACAAAGUGUUGAAAUUAUUUGAAGAGGAUGAUUGCAAUGAUCCAAAAAUGCAUUUACGUAUGAUAAAAGAUGCCUUGGACCGAACUCGCCGAAAAGACUUACGUCGCAAAAUUGAUGACAUCUUGUCGUACUGAUUAUUUGUGAUAAAAUUACUAUAAAAAUAUACAAUACCAAAUACCAAAUAUUUUUUGUAAAUAGUUCUUUAUGUAUAUGUAUGUAUGUAUAAUUAAUUUGUAUGUAUAUAUUUUGCAUUAAAUGAACAAUUGAAGACGCCACUUCCGUUGUGGUUUUUUAAACGAUAUUAACUUGCAAUAAAAUUGCUUAAUCAGGGUCGGAUUACCUAAUGUGUCAUUGAAACCAUGUGAAAAAAAUUGAGGUAAGACCAAUUUCGUGGGAAAUCCAUAAAUGAUUAGUAACACAUGACGAUCUGGUGGUGUUUCUGUACCUUGGUAAUGAUCGUGGUCGUAUGCGGAAUGGAGUAUAGACUAUCAAAAUGAAUGCCCAAAAUUAAGUUAUUGACUGUCGGAAUUUUAGUCAUCGACAAAAAUUUCGAGGUCUACUCUGUAUUUCCUCGAAUAGUUUGUAAUUUGGUUGCUGCAGAUCUAGCAGUGGAGAGAUUUAGGCGCCUUUCAACGAAUAGGCGAUUCCAGUACCUGACGUCAACUUCAGGCGAGUCAUAAACGUAUGAGCUAAUGGCAAUUCCCUCUAGUGGUAACUUUUUUCGAGAUAUAGGAAAAAACAGUAGACCGUAAAAUAGUACAGAUGAUUUACGACGGUUCAGAUAAUUCAUGGUCCAUCUUCCCGUUGCGUUGCGUAAUAGACUGAGCCUCAAAAUUAUUUGACAAACCUACCAGUAUAUAUUAAGAUAAAUCGAAGAAUUGAAACAGAAAUAUAUGUUUUAUCAAAUUUAUUAGUUUAAUUCCAUAUCGUUUACAUUAUAACACGCAUAGGAUUCGAUACUGACUACAAUUGUAUGCGAACCAGGCCGUUUCCAGUAAAUAAUGACGAUAGACGUUUUCGUUUCUUUAAAGUUUCAAGUUUGAUACACAUUUAGCUGAAAGACCUGCUUUGCAGUCUCAACACUUCUUAUUUUUUUUUUUUUU